CAGAAAAAUGGCAAACGAAGAAGAUAUGGGUCGGGGGUUUCAAACUCCUCCACCAACGAUCCAACCCAACCAACAGCUCGAAUUUCUUGUUCGUGCAAGAGAGGAAAGAUUGAGGCACAUUUUGAAUCCACUAGAGCCCUUUAUUAUGCGUUUACAAAGUGUCUUGGUGUGGGAAAACCCAAAGCACAGUGCUGUCAUGUUCCUGGCUGUCAAUGGAGUAUUUUGGUUAUCCACAGUUCUCCACUACAGACCACUUUAUGUGAUUGCAACAAGCAUUUUGAUUGUUCUCUGCAUUGACACAUGGAGGAACAAGAUCUGGCCUGAAAUAAAAGUUCCAUCUAAAGAGGGGGAGGAUACAGAAGGAUGGACCCCUGUACACCCAAAGUUGCUCAGUGUCCCUGAGAUGAGUCGCAGUUUGGCAGAGAUUUGGGUGACAGUCACUGUUUACAGUAGCUUCCUACUUGACCUGAGAGUUGCCCACCCAGGCAGGUUCUGUCUUCUCAUGUCAAGUAUCUUCAUUGGAACUGCUGUACUGGGUCACUACUUCUCGGGCGUGGCCUUGUCAUAUAUCACAGUUAUGAGCUUGCUACUUUGGCCAUGUAUGGUGUACCACAAUAUCUUACAGAGGGCCUAUGUGAAGAUUGAGCCUUUCAUGAUGCAGUUGGAAUACAGUCUAAAAAUAAAACGCACAAGAUCAAAAAAGUCUAAAAGAAAGUCAAAGCGUAAGUCAGGUACACCUGGUAGUGCAUCUAAAGAUCUAGCAAUCACAGACAGUGACACAGAUGUUGAGGAGUUUGUUCCUUCUCUGGACCCUGAGAUCACCGCAGCAUUGGCACGUGCAAUUACAGACAGUGAGGAUGAAUCCAAGAAUCCCACCCCAGCUAUGUUGACACCCUCGCACAGGUCACGUGAAGUCUCACCCCUACACAGUGAUGAUGAAUUUAUACCUCAAAUUGCUCCCACUUCAGAGAUGUCUUUCUCUCAUGGCUUAUCCAGUAUUCCAUCAUAUGAUGACACAAUCCUUGACAGGCCCGAUCCAAUGAGCCAGACACGUAUAGAAAAACUCAUGGCAGAAGGUGCAGCUGACUCAAUGUUAUUCCUACCCAGUCACUUUGAGGAGUCAGAUAACUCCGACAACACAGAUGUUGAUAUUGAUACUGGGCUUUCAUUUCCUGAUCUGGACCAAGUUGAUCAUACAUCUGCAAGAGGAAGUUCUCAUGGUGUGAGGGAGAUUUCCCCGGGUGGAAAGAAAAUUUCCACUAGUGCAAUGAAAAAUUCUGAAACUGGAUCAGUGGUGGGUGAUAGCUCAAGUUCUGUAAUGGGUCUACCCACUUCAGCCAAGGCCAUGCUUGAAAGCACUGUAUCAACAGUAGUGGAGAGUACUCUAGUUGGCCUGAAUAAACUAUCUGACACCGUCAAAGAAGCUGCCUAUUCAGCUACACAACAAAAUAAAACACAAAAUAACAGUAAUGAUUCAGAUAUUUCAACUUGUAAAACUGACCCACCAUCAAGUGAACUCAACAGAGGCAAUUCUGAUGACUCAAUUUUAGCAGAAUUUGAGUUUCUAAGUCGAGAAGAUCUUGGGGAAUUUGAUGGCAAAACUUCUAAUCAAUGAUGUUAUGAGUCAACUAAGGAUAACUUCAUGUAGUUGGCCAGUACUUACUAGCCAAUUUAGGUAUAAUUUAUUGUUUUACUUCUUCCUUGUUAAAGAGAAAGAUAUUAAAGAUGCAGUAUACUGUAGGUAUCCCUUCCGGACAAUCAAUGAUACACAGGUAUAGGUACCUUAGAUAUAUCUUGAGACCA